CAUUUGGACCAAAGGGAAAAUAUGAUUGGAUGGGUUUAUUGGCGACUGAAGUCGCAGUUUACCAUAGCAUGAGUCAAGUGUCAAUCAAGAGUUAUGUUGCCGCAUGUGAUUGUUAGAAUGCGAUAAAUGCACCCAUAUUGCGUAGCCAUAGACCACAUAUCUAUUAGCCUCAUAUGGAAAUCCACAUUUCAAGUCAUUGUUUUUAUUUAGACACUUGGAACCAAAAUUGCGUAACUAUUGUAUUAUUGUAUAAACUGAAACACUGCCUAAUAUUCUACAGAAAUAAUUGACCCUACAGCGCCCUCACAAGCAUUUAUACCGUAACGUUAGCAGCUAGUCAUUCCGAGCAAACGAUGCAGCCAUCUUGCCCAGGGCAUCUCGGUUGAUAAACGUCACAAUUAUCUGGAUAUGUCAAGUGCAAAUACAUGUUUUUUGAAGCCAAACAUUUCCCAACACAAUGGCGCAAUGGAAACGCCUUCAUGCGCGUCAAAAAAAGACCAUCAGCAAGGUAUAAUUUCGUGUUAACUGUUCUCUUCCGAUACAUCCAGCUCGAUGUUGAUCCGUAUGUUUCAUGUAUUAGAAUGACAGCUGAAGCCAUUUGUACCGCCCUUUAAGACACGACGGGAACCAAUCACCGCUCUUCCUGGCUUCUGUGAGGUGACGUUUUAUUCCCAGUGCGCAGGCGCAAAUCCACAGUAACUACCCCACUUUUCCACAAGCUCGUACGAGUGUGAAGAUGGCGGUACGCUCCGCUCCACUGGAUACGAUUUUCUUGAAUACAGAAGAAAGUGUAACAGUAGUCGAUUGUCAUUUUCUGAGAUCGUUAGAGUUAAGUUUUCGUGGUCAUCUAACAGGAAUUCCUGGCUUAGAUAAAAGUCUCCCGUUAAGCAUAAAGUUGAGGUCCGACCGGGACUAGGGGUAAGCAGGAGCUAAUGUCCAGCUGGCACUUGGUCAAGACGUUGCUAAAGCAGGUACGCUGUUGUUUUGCUUUUGUCUUGCAAAGUGUAGGCUACACGAAAGCAAGCACCAGAACGCACCGAGAGACGUUGAAUGUGUAUUAAAGUCCCCCCCACCCAUCACCUUCAUGCGUGUAGCCGAUCUAUUCCUAAACAAGUUGAAGUGCUUGUGGUCUCUUGUUUACUGGGGUGCUAUGGGUCAGUUAUGGAUGAAUCAUUCGCAAAUCUUCAAUCACGGAGCAUGACCAACUCAAGCCCCCAUGUGACUUAAAAUUCCCACCCCAAAGCCCAUUCACAAUUCACACUUUUAAUGAAAGACAAACCAUGAACGCUCAUACUUCAGGACGCGCUGCCCCCGUCACAAGUGACAGCACCAGCAAUACUAGCACGAUGACAGCGAUCACCAGUGGAUCCGUUUUGUCAAAGGGGAACGCGAUCAGAACAGCCACUUCGUCAAACAGUGUCAUCCAGACCCAUUUCACCAACUCACAGAAUGUUGCUGCCUCAACUCAGCCUGCGAGCCAGGAGAGGGGACCUAUGAUGACAGCGAUGAGGACGCCUAUGCAAGGCACGGGACCGUCGGACACAAACAUGGAUGUAACUUUGAACGGACCAAACAAUACCGCAGGACCCACUUUGGUAGCCAACGCGGCGGGUCAGAUCGCUCCGAGCGCGCAUACAAGUGUGCGCGCACAGACUCCGCUCGUGAACAAUGGUCAGCUACCUGCUGCGGCGGUGUCGCUCGGAGUGGGCUCCCACAUCAUCAGGGCUGAGCCGCCCAAACAAAUAAUUCAGACGUUACCGCAACAGGGCCUGCCGCUCGGCAGCGUCAUUGGUCCCAGGCACGUGAGUCCGGUGGCUUUAGCUCCGAGUCCAGGAGGGAUGCGAGCGCCGACGCAACAGCUGUUGGCUCCAAGGCUCCCGCAGACCCCUGCGGGACAGCCAAACCUACAGAACUUCCAACUGCCCCCUGGCAUGGUGCUGGUGCGCAGUGAGAGUGGGCAGCUGCUGAUGAUCCAUCAACAGGCCCUGGCUCAGAUGCAAGCCCAGGCCGCCGCAGCCCCUCGUCCCGCCACCCCCACAGCCAUGCCCCUUGCUCAGGCCCCUGGGAUCCCCAUGAGCAGCAGGCCUAUGGGCCCCGGUAGCAUGGUUCGACAGGCAUCCCCUGUGGCCCCAACCACUACUCUCCACAGACCCCCUGUUCUCCAGAGCUCCGGUGGACCUGUGCCACCUGGCUCAGCAACCAGCACGAGCCCUGAGACCACCGUGGCCCCGCCUACCUCAGGACCCAUCAGCAAUGAAACAAUGGAAAACGUGAAAAAAUGCAGGAACUUCCUGUCCACGCUGAUCAAGCUGGCGUCGACGGGCAAGCAGUCGGCACAGACAGCGGAAAACGUCAAAGAACUGGUGAAGGAGCUUCUGGAGGGCAAGCUGGAGGCAGAGGACUUCACCAGCAAACUGUACAGCGAACUCAACUCCUCACCACAGCCUUACCUAGUGCCUUUCCUCAAGAGAAGCCUCCCAGCUCUAAGGCAGCUCACCCCCAAUGCAGCGCUGUUCGCCCAGCAGAGUCACGUCCCCCGGCCCACCGCCUCCACCCCACCCCCUGCCAAACAGCCUUCCUCCCCGGCCACGGUGGUCCUGAGGAGCCCCGCCCCCCAUCUCACCACGGCGGUAACCAGGCCCCAGGUCCAGCCGGACAUCAGCAGACCCGGACCCGUAAACCAAACGCUUCUCCAACCUCAGCCGCUGGCGGUAGGGAUGCGACCGCCGGUUAACAUGGCAACAGCACCUAUGGUGACGCCCAGGACCCAGAGCCCUGGAAAGAUCCUCGUGGGACCCCAGCAGCUCAGGCAGCUGACCUCAGGUCGGUCCACCUGCCUCCUCUGCCAGAGAUGUGUCUGGUCCGUGUGUCGGUGUGAUGCAGAUACCUCUGUUUUCCCUGUAGGUCCUCCCGGAAGGACAGGCCUCCUGCCUGUGUUUAAAUCUGUUCCACCUGCCGCUGCAUCUCUUGCACAGAAGAACCAUCUGAAAGAGGCUGGGGGGACUUUCAAGGACGAGGAUGACAUCAACGACGUGGCCUCCAUGGCAGGAGUCAACCUGACGGAGGAGAGUGCACGUAUCCUAGCAACCAACUCUGAGCUGGUGGGGGCAGUGACACACUCCUGUAAGGACGAGGCCUUCCUCUCUACAGCCGUGCUGCAGAGGAGGAUGCUGGAGAUAGGGAAGAAGUUUGGUGUGAGCGAGCUGGGCGUUGACGUGGUGACGUUUGUAUCUCACGCCACUCAGCAGAGUCUCCAGAACCUUCUGGAAAAGGUGACUCAGGUGGCACAACACAAGAACUUCAGCUUCAAGGAGGAGAGCAGCUAUGAGGGUAGCAGUGACGUGCGUGCCCAGUUACGCUUCUUUGAGCAGCUUGACCAGCUGGAGAAACAGAGAAAGGAGGGGCAGGAGAGACAGAUCCUUCUCAAGGCAGCUAAGUCUCGAGCCCGCCAGGAGGACCCUGAGCAGCUGCGCCUCAAACAGAAGGCCAAGGAGAUGCAGCAGCAGGAGCUGGCCAUGAUGCGACAGAAAGAGGCCAACCUCACCGCCCUGGCGGCCAUCGGCCCCAGGAAGCCCAGGAAGCCUGCGGACGCGUCGGCCUCCGCUGGGGCAGCCGAGGGCUCUGGAUCGGGGUCUUCGCUGGGUGCGGGGUCGUCGGGGUCCAGACCAACGCGGCAGCGCAUCACACGCAUCAACCUCAAGGACCUGCUGUUCUGCCUGGAGACAGAGAGGCCCACCGCACACUCUCAGUUCCUCUACAAGGGCUUCCUCAAGUAGGCGGCCGCUGCAAGGUGUGUGUGUGUGUGUGUGUGUGUGUGUGUGUGUGUGUGUGUGUGUGUGUGUGUGUGUGUGUGUGUGUGUGUGUGUGUGUGUGUGUGUGUGUGUGUGUGUGUGUGUGUGUGUGUGUGUGGACCGAUUGCCAUCAUAGCAGUUGGAGGAGCCCCAACAUGUGAAAACUUGCCUAGUUUUUUAUUCAGAGCCUUUUUUCUACGGUACAAUGACCUACUGUACACAUAAACACUGUAAUGGCCGAUAGUGCACUACGUUUCACAAUUGUUUGUAUGUAAAAAAUAUUUUAAAGAAAUUAAUCUAGAGAGAUUUUAGGGUUUUUAUUAAACACCCACUACUUUUGUUAUUCAACUUUUAAUUGGCUAAACUCCAAACUGUGUAAUCUACUGAGUUGCCUUUUAACUAAAUAAUUAAGCCAUACAGCAAUCCCUAAUCUUGUCAACGGAAACAGUGGUUGUUGACGCAAUGUUUGUCUGCAUCUCCACUACCUUGAUUGGUGUAUUGGGUAUAUGUAGUAAACUCAAUCUUAAAUUAUUUGUGUUCAUUUAUUUAUUAUUUUGGUUCUUUUGUGACACGUCUGUUGUGUCCCUUAAAUAAAAAAUAUCUCACAGUAGCAUAUUUAUAUUUGUAUUAGGGGGCCAUGUUUUUGUAAUUUUACAUUAUGAUAUUUUUUGAUCUCUACUAAAUCUCUUUUCUAAUCUGCUCUACCAAAACUUAAUCUACCUGAAAUAGAACAUAUUUUUUCUAGCAAUCCAUAAAUAUGCGUUCUUAUUGUCUUUAAUCAAUUUCACAAACUUCAUGAUUUAUUUCUGUGCAAAUAUUUGUUGUGCUUUUAACAGACAGCCUUUUAAUAUGUAGGCCUAACAGUAGCCUACUAAUUAAUACGUUUCUUACAAUCUGUAACUUUAGGAAAACAUAAAAUGUUAUCAUUUGAAAAUUUGUAUGCAUUAUUAGGAAAAAAAUAACUCAAUUUCCCAUGUAUUGAUAGAUUGAAAUAAAUGUUGAUUUUCCAAAGAGCUUACAGUGGUAUGCAUGCUUCUCCACAUCCCCCCACUAGAGUGCAGCACUGCUUCACUUUAAUGUUCGUCUGCUCACGUUUGAUAGUCAGUGUUUAGAGUUUAAUCCCCAAAGGUCCCCUCUAGCUUUUCGUGUAGGUUGGCCAGCCCUGUUUAAACUAACAUCCAUCAGAUACAUCACAUGUUCACAGCAAGACGAGCGGUCGGUGGCGUCGUGUCCUUAAACACACUGAACAGGCGACCCAACAAGCAGCACACGCAACUCAAAAAACAACACAAAAGCAUACUGUCCGUUAUACACACUUGCCACCAUAACCAUUGCCAUCUUCGGCAUGGCCUGCGUGCAUUGUGAAUGUUGUGUACAUCUGUGUCGUGUCGGGCCAACUUUCCACCUCGUAUUCCAGCUCGUAUACUGCGGUGGCAACAGCUGGCAUGUCCCACAUAGACACCGCGCACAACUACACACUACUUUUGGGGAGGACUAAUUAGGCCAUCCCACCUUUGGGAUGGCAGCCUGAUGUUAAGCGGUUUUAAGCAGCUUUUAUCUGCUUCGGUAAAUGACCAAGGAACAAUAUGUGGUAAAUGUAUCGGUCUGGCUCAGCUGUUGGUUGUCCUCACAAAGCAGAAUUAGA